AUCACCAACACUCAGUCAGUCACCGCGUACACCCGGCCACUCUCCACUACCGAUACCACCCUCACGCACUCCCUCAACCUCCCCAUCAAGAAAAGGAUUCAUCUUUCACAGCAAUGCCACGAAGACUUACUCAAGAACAGAUCAAAGAGGCCAAGGAAUGCUUCUCUGUCUACGGUCGUCAGGAGAAGAUACCCAUUGAUCAGUUAGGCAACGCUCUCCGCUCCCUAGGCAUCAACCCUUCCAACUCUGAAAUCAAUGAUCUUAUACAGGAGAUCGGCGCCCCUUCAGCAGUUAACUUCGAUACGUUUAUGUCGCUGUUAUCUAAGGACUUCCCCGUCGAAUCCGCUGAAGAGAUACGGGAGGCCUUCGGGGUCUUCGACAAGGACGGUAACGGCAGCAUCUCGGCCACGGAGCUGAAGCACGUCCUCAUGACCAUGGGGGAGAAGCUGACGCAGGAGGAGGUGGACAUUAUGAUCCGGGAGGCAGACAUUGAUGGCGAGGGACAUAUCUACUAUGACCAGUUCAUCCACAUGAUGACCGCCACCAAGUAAUAGGGGAGGGAGAGGGUGGGUGAUGUCGGCCUCUGAAGUAAGUAAGAAAGGUGACAUCAGGUCUUUGCAAAGUGAGGGAACGGUAACAUCAGACCUUUACAAAGUGAGGGAAAGGUGACAUCAGGCCUUUACAAAGUGAAAGGUGACAUCAGACCUUUGCAAAGUGAGGGAAAUGUGACAUCAGGCCUUUACAAAGUGAGGGAAAGGUGACUUCGGUUAUUUAAAUAUAAGAUGAGAACAACAGCUGGUCUUGUAAUGUAUAAGGGAAAAUAUAUCAUGAAUAAUCAUUUAAGGUUAAAAUGGAUGUUAAUAACUAGCCCGAUAAUAAUUAGUGACGAAAAAAAUUAGUAAACAGUCAUAAACACAUACUAAUUAACCCUUUGAGGACGAAGGGGUUAAACCAUCGUCGUAAUAAGGAUAAACAAUUCAGAAUCACCCGCAGAAAGUGUAUUUAUUCAGCCUUGUUACAAUAUAUUUGUACUUUAGCAACAAUAGAGGUAUUUAAGACAAUUUUAAUGUGCAAAUAUCUAUGUUCUAUAUUUUACCUUUUUUAAACUUGUAUUGUUGUAAACUUAUUGAAGUAGAAUUAUAUUAAAAGUUAGUGUAAUAUU